AUUACAUCAGGACAAGCCAUGAGUAAAUACUUGUUAAACACAUUUGGAAUAGGAUCCAUCGGUAUUGCCUCUUACUUUUGGGGUAAAUCACAAGUACCAACUCCUCCAUCUACUCCUACUGGAGAUUCCAACCUUCCUGUGCCAUACUCACCACCUGGCAAAGACGUGUUUGAUCCAUCCACUAUCAACCCUCAAUCAUUCUUCAAAUAUGGAUUCCCAGGUCCUAUUCACGACUUAGCUAACCGUAGUGAAUUCGUCAGUUGUUAUGAUCGUCAAUUCAAGAAUCCUUAUUGGGUGGUUGAGCAUUUAACCAAAGAGUCCAUUGCACGUAACGGAAACAGUGGGGAUCGUAAAAAAUCCGUGUUUAAAGAAGAUGAAAGCAUUCCAUUUAAAUUCAGAGGGAGAUUAAGAGAUUAUUUCCGUAGUGGGUAUGAUCGUGGUCAUUUAGCACCUGCCGCCGAUGCCAAAUUCAACCAAGAUGCUAUGGAUGAAACUUUUUACUUGACUAAUAUGUCACCACAAGUAGGUGAUGGAUUCAAUCGGGAUUACUGGAGUCAUUUUGAAGAUUUUGCCAGAAGAUUGACCAAGAAGUAUGAUGAUGUAAGAGUCAUGACUGGUCCAUUGUACUUGCCUAAGAAAGGUCCCGAUGGGAAAUUUAGAGUGGAAUUUGAAGUUAUUGGAUCACCACCAAAUAUUGCUGUUCCUACUCAUUUCUAUAAGUUGAUUGUUGGUGAAAACAGAGGCCAGGAAAAGAUUAGUUGUGCUGCAUUUGUUUUGCCUAAUGAAGUUAUUGAUAACAAUACUCCGUUGACUCAAUUCCAGGUUCCUAUUGAAGCUGUGGAACAGAGUAGUGGGUUGGAAUUGUUACAUAAAGUGCCUUACUUUAAUAAGAAGGAUUUGUGUAAGGAAGUUAAAUGUGAAAUUAUUGUAAGAGAAUUCCCAAAACAAGUUAAUAAUGUUUUAGCAUUGCCACCAGGUAAGAAGUAGAUCUGUAUAUAGAAAUUAAUAUUGCAAAAGUUUUGUUAGAAAUUUGUGGAAAUUUUUGAUAAAAUAUGACAUCUUAAACU